AUUGAAGUUCUCACUGCACGAUGAUAACAACUACUCGUCUCACAAUGGACGAUUGACGUGCUUCGCAGGAAGUUAAUACAUAUUUUGAAACUUAAAUCGAUGUAGAAGAAUAUAGUUUUAGAGAUUUUAUUAACCGGUUUUCUCAAGUUCUAUGCAAUUCUGUUCCACUGAUCGGCUGUUUACCGUUUCGAUAGCAACACUUUUAAAAUCUGCUUGCUUAAAUGUAUGGUCAGAUUCACUGUGUGGUUCGUGAGUUGAUUCAGGUAAAGUUUGGAGAAGAGACUUGGGAGAAAGUACUGAAUGAGUCUCAUUUAGACAAAAGUCAGGAUUUCCUGGUGUUUAAACAUUAUGAAGAUGCUCUAACCUUUCAGCUUAUUGGCGCUGUAAGCAAAGUUUUAGUGUACACCAGUAUUUUAAUAUCGGUUUACUUUGCAGCUCUUAGCAUGGAGACGGUUCUCGAGGUGUUCGGGGACUACUUCCUCACCUACUGUCUCAAACACGGCUACGACAAGAUGCUCAAGACGCUGGGGGGAGAUAUUCGCAGUUUUAUACAGAACCUCGACUCCCUACACUCCCUGCUCGCUCUCAGCUACAAAAAUAUAGUGGCUCCCUCUUUCAGGUGUGAAGAUACUGAUGACGGGGAUUUACUACUGCACUACUACACAAUACGACCAGGACUGUAUCCUAUAGUGUUAGGUUUGGUCAAAGCAGUUAGCCGAGAGCUUUAUCAACAGACAAUUGACAUUCAAGUGGAAAACAGAUCUGAGCAGCGGAUAGAAGGCGGGAAAACUCAAGAACAUACCGUGUUCAAAUGUAUAAUCCAAAGAAACGAUAGAAGUAUGUGUGAAGUGUCUACGAAAUCUGCUGCCAAGUCGCGAAGUCCAAAGAACGAUUUCCAUAUUGAUGCCGAACAGUUCUGUGCAGCCUUUCCCUAUCAUAUCAUUUUCAACGAAGACCUUAUAAUUCGUCAGUGUGGACUGAUGGUCGAGAAAAUGAGCUCUGUCGAAAUUCAGGAAGGAGUACGAAUGAAGGAUGUUUUCACUGUCAUACACCCACAAAUGUUGUUCUCCAUUGCAAACAUAAAAACAUUUAUCAAUGCCGUGUUUCUUUUACAACUGGAUAGGGCUGGCGAGAAAAGACCUCUAGUUUUAAAAGGUCAAAUGAUGUGGUUGGAGGAUACACGUCACAUGAUCUUCAUCGGGUCACCCAGACUUACUAGCCUUGACGAACUCAUGGAAAUGAACGUCUUUCUCGCGGACAUCCCAUUGUAUGACGUCACACGAGAACUGGUGCUUCUUAAUCAACAACGAAUAGCAGAAAUAGACGUAGCUAAGCAACUUGAGGAGACAACGAAUGCUUUGAAGAAAACCUCAGAAGAACUCGAGAAAGAGAAGAAGAAAACCGAUUUACUCUUGUAUCAGCUGUUACCGCCAAAAGUAGCAAACCAGUUGAAGAACGGAAAACAAGUGGAGGCCGAAAAGUUUGAUGCUGUGACGAUUAUGUUUAGCGACAUCGUACAAUUCACCAACAUGGCUGCUGCCUGUUCCCCUCUACAAAUUGUAAACAUGCUCAACAAGUUGUACCAGAAAUUCGACGAGAAAACCAACGAACAUGAUGUGUAUAAGGUUGAGACUAUCGGCGAUGCAUACAUGGUGGUGGGCGGUGUACCGGAGAAGACGACGUCACACGCCGAACAGGUGGUCAGUUUCGCCAUUGAUCUCAUCCAGGAGGCGACCUCAGUGGUGUCGCCUGAUUCUGGAAAACCUAUCCAGAUUCGUAUUGGCGUUCACAGUGGUCCCGUGGUGGCUGGCGUGGUCGGGAUGAAGAUGCCGCGGUUCUGUCUGUUCGGAGACACCGUCAACACUGCCUCACGUAUGGAGAGUCACGGCGUGCCUUGUCGCAUACACAUCAGCUCAUUCACCAUGGAGUACCUCAAGACGGCUCCAUUCCAAGCGAAGAGACGUGGAAAUGUGAUGGUUAAAGGAAAGGGAAUUAUGAAGACUUAUUUCAUCGUGGCGGGAAAAGGCAGACGUGUGACGGAACCGGACGACGAGUUUCAGACGCUGCCGGUGAUAACCGACUUAAGCUGCGAGGACAAAUUCGCCACAGUUACAGACACGCCCAUCCUCAUCAAAUUAAAAUCUGACCAGUUGAAAAGCAAAUCGUGUAUCAUUAGCUAAAGAUUUUCUUUCUAGAUCUGGAUAUGUGUCAUUUAUUAAUAAGGAAAUGUUAAAUACGAAGUAGGUAUGACUAAAAUAUAUAUGAGGUAUUCCAUGCGUGUGCAUAUCUUUCUGUAUGACUAGCUUGUACAUACAGAGAUAUAAACGCACGUGCAAAGAGGAUAAAAAUCCUUUUUGGCCUUACAAAUUGCCUCUCAUGCAGUUGCUGGGACUCGAACCUAUGGUAUCUAAUAGCCCGCAGUUCCCAGAUCACCACCGUAACCACUCAGCCACCAUGAUAGGUUAUAUGUAAAUAUAUAAAUAUGUAUGUAUGUAUAUAUAUACUAUACGUGUGUCUGUGUGUGAAUAUGAUAUGCAUGUACGUAUGACUGAAUGUAUGAACAGACGGACGGACAAAUGAACGUGUAUAAUGUAACAAUAGUACUGAUGCCUUAUAUAAGUUUCGAAAACAAAUGCAAAAAUGUACUUACUUUCUGUAUUUGUUUUGGGUCACAAUACUGAAUAAAGCCUAACUGACUUCUA